CUGCGGAGGCGCAGCAGACGCGGGGCCGGGGCGGAGGAAGCCGGGACAGCCCCGGCCGUGACCUGGAAGGGAAGCGGCGUCAGCGGGAUCGACUUCCCGGGGCGGCGGCGGGACAGGCGGGGCCGGCAUGGGCCGGGCCGGCGGCAGGCUGUAGCUGAUGCCCAGGCCCCCCUGGAACGAUGUCAUCGAGGACCAAUCUCUCUGCUGGGAUUCCCAGCAGCAAAGUCAAAUAUUCCAAGCUCUCCAGCACUGAUGAUGGCUACAUUGACCUGCAGUUCAAGAAGAGCCCACCCAAAAUCCCCUACAAGGCCAUCGCCCUGGCCGUGGUGCUCUUCAUGAUCGGGACCUUCCUCAUCAUCAUCGGAGCCCUGCUGCUGGCAGGGUACAUCAGCAAAGGGGAGACCGACCGGGCCAUCCCCGUGCUGAUCAUCGGCAUCCUCGUGUUCCUGCCGGGCUUUUACCACCUGCGCAUCGCCUACUACGCCUCCAAGGGCUACCGGGGCUACUCCUACGACGACAUCCCCGACUUCGACGACUGAACCCUUAAUUAAUCCCGCUCUAAUUAGGUUGGUCAGAGCUGGUAGUUCCCCUGGAGGCUGCCAGGGCGCAGCUGAUGCGUGUCCCUCACGCGGCGCCGCUUCCUGGGCUCGAGGUGUUGCGGGUGUUCCAGUUUAGGGGGUGGGGGCUGGAGCCCAGAACUGACCAAAAGGAAUUGCAAAGAGCUUGACAUUUAUGGUGUUAUUUCCUCUCGGGGUUGCACAGUUCCCCUCGCUGGGAAGUUCUUCCUGGGGGAGGCAAUCCUUGCGAUUUUCCAAAAAUAGAUUCAGCAGCAGGUACUUGUUUUUUUCUUUAAGUGUUUUCUAGAGUUUAUUUUAGCUUUCCAUGAGAUUGUGGUUAUUGUUGGGUUACCUUUGCAGACAAACCACAGUUAAAUUCUCCUUUUGCUCUCUGUCCACCAGAAAUGCUUCCAAACUACUGAUUCCUGAGCUUGCCUGGAGUAAAUAAAGUCUGAUGAGAGGGGGAAAGCAGCACUUGCAGGAAAUGAUUUCCACACAGUGCACUUGCUCCACAGCUCCCUGUCAGACUGACCAAGCUCUAUUGCUCACAAACACAUCCUUCCCAAGUGAGCUUUCCCUGUGCCACUUUUGGGCAAAAUCCACUUAUCCUUCUCAAGGACUGGUGUUGGACUUUGCUUGUUAAACAACAAUGGGUAAUGGGAGAAGGAUUGGAAUCCAGACUCAAGUGUCUAAAUACCAAAACUCUUGGGCUUGACUGAUACAGGUAUUGGAGACACUUGAAUUCCAGCUGUCUGUCUUUUGGAGUCCUUUUGUCCUUGUGUAGAUGAUUUACUGUGCAGACCUGCCCAGGCCAGUGAAGAGAAGUUCUCUGUGUAGUUUGUGCUGAACAAACCCCCUCUGGAUUGCUUUGCCAGCUUUGCUGAUGUGUCAUUCAGGGAAAGCAGGGAUGGCUCCACUUGUGUGAGGUACAACCAGGCUGUCUGCUGAGCUGGGGUGUCUCGGUGUCCUGGAGAAGGAGCAGUGAUGCAAGUGGAUGCAUUUAACAUGAAUAAAGGUCUAUAUUCUCUGUAA